AUGUCAUCAAACCAACACACCACUCGUUCUCGGGAUUCUGGAGUAUUCGUCGACCUUGACUUUGACAUUGAAGAAAAAAUUAGCACACCUUAUAGCCAUUAUUUAGGAUUCGACGUUCCAGCAAAAAAAUCGAUCCGCAAGGAACCUGAAUACGAACCUUUUUUCACCACAUAUUCUUUAGAAGUAGUCUUACCACCAAAGAUGGCACCAAACACCGAAAUUCCAUUCUCUGGUUACCUUGGUCUUCAAACAUCACCAAAACCGAUAAAACGUGAACAUAAACGAUCACAACGCAAAAACUCAUUUUACUUUGUUAACCUGAACGACUCUGCAUCACACAACGAUGAUAUUGAACCUAUAACUAUAAAAGAAGAAAUUAUUAAGACUACUUCAGAAGUCUCUCAUAUAAAAGAUAUAAAAGACAGAAUUAUAGAAUCACCCUGCAUUUUACAAGCAAGUCGUACACUUCAAUUAUUAAGAGAG